CCUCCCUCGCCCCGCAUGCUCCCGGCUUGCCGCCUGCAGGAUGAGUUCCACCCGUUCAUCGAGGCGCUGCUGCCUCACGUCCGAGCCUUCUCCUACACCUGGUUCAACCUGCAGGCGCGGAAGCGCAAGUACUUCAAGAAGCACGAGAAGCGGAUGUCAAAGGAUGAGGAGCGCGCGGUGAAGGACGAGCUGCUGGGCGAGAAGCCUGAGAUCAAGCAGAAGUGGGCAUCCCGGCUGUUGGCCAAGCUGCGCAAAGACAUCCGGCCUGAGUUCCGAGAGGACUUUGUGCUGACCAUCACCGGCAAGAAGCCCCCCUGCUGCGUGCUCUCCAACCCGGACCAGAAGGGCAAGAUCCGGCGGAUUGACUGCCUGCGCCAGGCUGACAAGGUGUGGCGGCUGGACCUGGUCAUGGUGAUUUUGUUUAAGGGGAUCCCCUUGGAAAGUACUGAUGGGGAGCGGCUCUACAAGUCGCCCCAGUGCUCGAACCCCGGCCUGUGCGUCCAGCCACAUCACAUUGGAGUCACAAUCAAAGAACUGGACCUUUAUCUGGCUUACUUUGUCCACACUCCGGAAUCCGGACAAUCAGAUAGUUCAAACCAGCAAGGAGAUGCGGACAUCAAACCACUGCCCAAUGGGCACUUAAGUUUCCAGGACUGCUUUGUGACUUCCGGGGUCUGGAAUGUGACAGAGCUGGUGAGAGUAUCACAGACUCCUGUUGCCACUGCAUCAGGGCCCAACUUUUCGCUGGCAGACCUGGAAAGCCCCAGUUACUACAACAUCAACCAAGUGACCCUGGGACGGCGGUCCAUCACCUCCCCUCCUUCCACCAGCACCACCAAGCGCCCCAAGUCCAUCGAUGACAGCGAGAUGGAGAGCCCCGUUGAUGACGUGUUCUAUCCUGGGACAGGCCGCUCUCCAGCAGCUGGCAGCAGCCAGUCUAGCGGAUGGCCCAACGACGUGGAUGCAGGCCCUGCUUCUCUAAAGAAGUCAGGAAAGCUGGACUUCUGCAGUGCCCUCUCCUCUCAGGGCAGUUCCCCACGCAUGGCUUUUACCCAUCACCCGCUGCCUGUGCUUGCUGGAGUCAGACCAGGGAGCCCCCGGGCCACAGCAUCAGCCCUGCACUUCCCCUCCACGUCCAUCAUCCAGCAGUCGAGCCCGUAUUUUACACAUCCAACCAUCCGCUACCACCACCACCAUGGGCAGGACUCGCUGAAGGAGUUUGUGCAGUUUGUGUGCUCUGACGGCUCGGGUCAGGCCACUGGACAGCCCAACGGUAGCGGCCAGGGCAAAGUCCCGGGGUCAUUUUUGCCGCCGCCUCCAGUGGCCAGACCUGUGCCCCUUCCUAUGCCUGAUUCCAAAACCACCAGCACGGCCCCAGACGGCGCCACCUUGACUCCUCCAUCACCUUCAUUCACAACGACAGGCGCCUCCUCUGCCAACCGGUUUGUCGGCAUCGGACCCCGGGACGGCAACUUUCUGAACAUCCCACAGCAGUCUCAGUCCUGGUUCCUCUGAAUAACAUCAACAAAGAAACAACAAAAUUAAAAAAAAAGAGAGAGAGAGAGAGAGAGAGGUUCCUCAAAAGGGGGGAGAAGAAAUUUUGAGACAUGGAAAUAUCCCCCAGCCCAGCCCCACCGAAAAGCAAAACUUAGACGUCGUCAGCCACUCAGCCCUUCCCUCCUCCAGCCCGGGUACCCCUGCGGUCCAAAGCAGCCCAUUUCUGGGAGCCCUCGGAAGGGGUCUCAGCGGAGCUGUACACCAGCAGCCAAGCAGAAAGAAGCAUGCUAAGCGGAUUCUGCUAAGCAAAGGACAAACAGAAAGGAUGCAACAAGACUGCCUUCCUCUCACCCAGCCUGGCCUUCCUUUCCCGGGAAGGAGCAGCCAGUUCGCUGGCCUGCCACCCCUGCGGUUCUUGGGAACCCCACCCUCCGCUGGACUUAAGCUUCCCUAGGAACCCGAGGAACAGCUCCUAAAGAUGGUGGGAGUAGACAUUGGAGCUCACCUCUGGACUUCGCCCCUCCCUCCUCUCCCUCUCGCCCUUCCUGGGAGCCUCUGCUCAGGCUUCUGUCCCCAGCUGCUCUGGACCAGGCGAGGAUUGCCCCGGGGUGGGCAGGGGAUGUUCCUUGGCGCUAGCUGAAUUCAGCGUUGAGGCCAGAAUGGAGGGUGUUCUGCCACCGCACUCUGAA